AUGACGACUAAGGUGGACGGGGUGCCGGGUCCGCGGAACAAUGGGCACGAGAUGGCCCCGCUCAACACACGUGCCCGGGGCGAUGGUACGCACGGCGUCACGAUCAUGCUGUCACCGCCGGACCGUAGCUCGAUCGGAUCGCGCGACGGUGCCGGCGCCCUGCCCGAUGGCGACCCGGACCGGGCCGCCUGGUCCGGCAAGAUGCAGUUUUUCCUCAGUAUUAUCGGGUACUCGGUUGGGCUUGGCAACAUCUGGCGGUUUCCGUACCUGUGCCAGCAGAACGGAGGAGGUGCUUUUCUCAUACCCUUUAUGAUUAUGCUGAUUCUUGAGGGUAUUCCCCUGUUUCUGAUCGAACUCGGCAUGGGACAGCGGAUGCGACUCGGUGCGCUUGGCGUGUGGAACACAAUCCAUCCGUGGCUCGGCGGCAUCGGUAUCAGCUCCUGCAUCGUUACGUUGUUUGUGGCGAUCUACUAUAAUGUCAUCAUUACCUGGUGCUUCUACUAUUUCUUCAACAGCUUUCGGUAUCCAUUGCCGUGGGCCGUCUGUCCACAGCUGAACGGAACCGACGUCGAAGAGUGUGAGCGGUCGUCCGAGACCGCUUACUUCUGGUACCGUACCACGUUGGACGCAGCGCCGAGCAUAGACGAAACCGGCGGCUUCAAAUGGUGGAUCGUGCUCUGCCUGAUGCUGUCCUGGACCGUGGUGUUCUUCAUCGUGAUGAAGGGUAUCCAGAGCUCGGGCAAAGUAGUGUACUUUACCUCCCUCUUUCCCUACAUCGUCCUGACGAUCUUCUUCAUUCGUGGUAUCACCCUCAAAGGGGCCGGGGCCGGGUUAAUGCACAUGUACACGCCCAAGGUGGAGAAGCUGCUCGAGCCGACGGUAUGGCUGGAUGCGGCCACGCAAGUCUUUUACUCGUUCGGGCUGGCGUUCGGAUCGCUGAUCGCGUUCGGCAGUUACAACACGCCCAAAAACAACUGCGUGCGUGAUGUGCUGCUGGUGUCGGUCUGUAAUGCGAUCACCGCCAUCUAUGCCAGUGUCGUAAUCUUCGCCAUUCUAGGCUAUAAGGCUACGCUAGGUGUCGAUAGAUGCAUUCAAGUAAAUAAGCAUAUUUUAGUCAAACACAAUCUACUUCCAUCGAUGGACGUUGAUAACAGCGAGUACGAACACGUGAUGGCGAGCUUGAACGAAACGAUGACGAAAGAAUGGGAGUUUGAAAAAUGUAGCCUGGAGGAUCAGUUGUCCAGCGCUGCUGAAGGAACCGGUCUUGCGUUCAUCGUAUUCACUGAAGCUAUCGUCGAACUACCAGGUUCUCCCUUCUGGGCUGUGCUAUUUUUCACCAUGUUGCUCUCUUUAGGCUUAGGAUCGCAGAUCGGCAUUUUGGAAGGAAUGCUUUGUACCAUAUUUGAUAUUGAUAUCUUCAAAAGGAUUCGGAAACCGUACGUUACUGGUGUUGUCUGUGCAUUCUGUUUCUCGGUGGGUCUCAUUUUCACCACCGGUGCGGGCGAAUAUUGGCUGAAAAUGUUCGAUUCUUUCGCCGGUACGAUUGGAUUGGUCGUGGUUGCGCUGAUGGAAAUGAUUGCCGUCAUAUACAUCUACGGACACGAGAAGUUCACGGAAGAUAUUUACCAAAUGACGGGCAUUCGGCCGGGUCUCUACUGGCAAAUGACCUGGCGAUACAUUGGUCCCGCCAUCAUGGGUUGCAUUCUGCUGUCUUCUAUACUUUCGAUGCUACUACGAAAUCCAACGUACGGCGCAUGGAAUGGGGAACUGGGAAUUGUCGAAAACAAAUCAUAUCCAAAUUGGGUGAUGGGCAUCGCACUAGCGAUGAUUGUUGCCGGUGUGCUGCCUAUGCCAGUGGUCUUCCUGCUACGACGGUUCCAGAUACUGAAGGUUGAUCUCGACAUACACCAGGGAUCGAUCCGAAGAAACGAAACGACCGCCUCCACAAAGGAAAUGAUUGAUGAAGACGACGACGACGAUGAUGAUGAUGAUGAUUUUAGUGGACCUGCACUAGGCGGACCGGUCAAUGUUCGGAGCGAUUCGGACGACGAAGACGAACCACCGACGAUGGGUAAAAUGUUGGCGAAAAAGACCGGUGGCACGAUGUCGUCGCCGCACAGUAAACCGCAACAGCUGCAGUUUAAAAACCAGCAUCAUCUCACACCCGACGUACUGAGCCCCGGUUCCCGAAAAAAACCGUUCCGGAUGGAGGUGGUCGAUUUCUAA